AUGGAUAGCAUUUUGGAUCAUGAUGAUGACGAAAUAUUUGUGUUUUACAAUGCCUCGAAAGAGGAUGCAGUGAAAAUAAGAAAACGCCAAGUAACUGCCGAGCGACUUGCCAUAAUGUUUAACGUAAGUUAAUCAGUAUAUUCUCAUAUUUAAGAAUUUAUAUUUAUUAAAUAAAUUAAAUAAUGAAUUUAAUGAUGUGCUUUGAUGUUUUUCAUAAACUUUCCCCCCACAAUGUUUUGUAGUUGGAAAGCUCUACAGUUUUUUUGGUUGAGGAUGGCACUGGAAGCACGGAAUGGCCAGGCGACGAUGGACGAUUUGAUUUGUCUUCAAUAUUCUACCUUGGGUACAUGCGUGUUGCAGGGCGUCCAAGAAAUCAGAUGAAUGCAGCAAUGUCAAUGCCACAAUUACAAAACCGAAAUAGUGGUUUUUCUUCAUUAUUCAGGUAUAUCGUUGCAAACUAUUAUCACAUACCGUGGUAUAAAUUUAUUGGGAUAGUAUAUCUGAUUUUUUAAUACUGCACAAUAUAUUUGUUAUAAAAAUGGCACACAACAUUGAAUUGGUUGGCAGGCAGGAGUGCGGGCGGGGGGGAUGCGGGGGAUCGACAUUUGUUAAAAUCAGGAUUAAACGUUUUUGCUGCAUCUCAACAUCUGUGACAAGACAUUCGAAACUGGUUGUAGGUAUUUAUUUAUUUAAAUGUUUUCCCCAGUAGUAUUUACAAGAAUAGUAAUUAAUUAUGUAAAAUAAGUAAUGUAAGGUCUAGACGUCCACUAGAAACCUGGACAGGCUUUUGAAUUAAGACCUACCCCUAGUUGAUAAAGAAUUGAGACAUACGAUUGAGGUUCAAGAACUUGACAAGUUCACAAUUAACAUACGAAUACAUUUUGCCCUCUAUAUGAUUAACAAGUAAUCGCACAGUUCCUCGUAAAAUUAAGAUUUAAUUUCACUUCUGUUAACUUUGAAAACACGCGUGAAAUUAAACCUUAAUUUUACUCGACCCCAUGCGAUUACCUAUACUAAUUUGCCCGCCUUCAUUUUGACUGGGGGCAGCUCCCCCCCUUGCCCCGUACUCCUAAUGGGCUAUUGGUUCUUACUUUAUAUUAACUGCCUUACUGUGUAAAUACUAGAUGACAAAAACGGAUUUUUAUGAUUUAACAGGUCUUCUAAACCAGCAUCAACAGCACAAGCAGUUUCUUUACCACCAUCGAAGAAACAGAAAGUAGUGAAAUAUUCUUUGAAAGUUACUCUAGCAGAGCUUGAAAGGAACAAGAUUGUUAAUCAAUCACGUCAGAAAUAUAUUAUGAUUGCCGAAGAUAGUGCCGAUGUUGGUUCAAUAACGAAAGCUUGCAGGAAAGAGUUUGAUGACGAAACUUUGGUUAUUGUUUCCAGCAAUGGCUUAUCUAUAGAAGAUAGUGAAGCUACCCGAGGUACAAAUGUUUUCUAUUUGAUGUGGUUUGAAAUUCUAUUUUAUGAUUUUAUAUUAUGGUAUUUACAAUGUAGUUUUUUAAAAAUGCUUGUGUAAACCAUUUUACCCAUUGACUGACAUGGGCGGAUUUACUAGGGGAGUUAGGGGGGUUAAACCCCCUUAGAAUCUCUCUAACAAAGUGUUCAAUUCCACCAAAAUUUUGCUUCAACCCUCCUAUUUUGGCUGAAAGUCAUAACCUUAAUGCCUAUAACCCCUGCCAAAACUCGCUCAGUGGUGCCGCUUGCGCCCAACUAUAGAAUUUUUUCCACCCCACCUUUAAAAAAAAGAAAAUCCGGCCCGCCCUUGCAUUGACACAUUGACAUUGUACAUGUUUGUUUAAAAAUAAUUUUAAUUUAGUAAUAUUAAAGCGAAAUCUCAUAUUUAUGCCACAGUAUAAACUAGACUUAAAGUAUAGUUAUUAUAAACUAUUUAUCAUUUUUUUACCCUGAACUUUAUCAAGCUAUAUACCAACCUGACUCUUGUUGUUGGAUGGACUUUAUAUAUCUUCUACAACAUGCAUCCAGAAUUAGUUUAUAUGUAUACCCUAAUUAUACUAUAUACUGAAAAGUGUUGUAUGUAACUUUAUUAAGGUUUAUCUUUUUGGAAAUCAAAUUCAAGAAGAAUCUUUGCAGUCCCCAUGAAAAGAGCAAAGAGUGAGCCUGAGGUAGUGAACAUUGAAGAUGAUGAAAAGAAAGAUGAAAAGUUGAACAAUCUCAUGACUAAGAUCAAAGGUAACUACCAACAAUACAUUAUACAUAUAAAAAUUAAUUUAAAUUGAUAUGUGUUGUUGGCUCUGAUAACAGUUUAAUUUGUUGUACAUACUGUAUAUCGUCAAUUUGUUAUAUAGCUUAGUUCCAUGAAAUACUAAUAUACCAUGUCAUAAAAGCAGUUUAUAUAGUCAUUAUUGCUCAAUUUUUGUGGCAUUUUUGGUUUACAGAUGACAUAAUUGAGAACACCAACCAAGAAAUGUCACAGCACUUCAACGAAAUAAAACAAUCUGUUGUUGAUAUAAAGGCAGACCUGCACACACUAGCCAUGUUUGAAAGCACUAAACUUAUUUUGGAAAUUGGAAAGGAGCUACAGUGUAUCAUAUGCAAAUAUGUGAUAGAACCACCGGCCGUCUUUGCGAAUUGCUGUGGUAAAAUACUUGGCUGUGAAACGUGCAUAACUCCAGCUGUUGCAACAACAAGAGCUUGUCCAAAUUGCAGAAAUCAUGAUACUGAAGGAAUACAUAUUGUACGUGGAUUAGAAUUUCUUAGUCAGCUCAAAACGGAAAUUUCUAAAAGUGAUGGCAUAUAGGAAACAAACAAAGCCGUCUGGACUAUAUGUCUAUGACUAUGAUGCGGUAAACAAGACUAUAUUCCCAUGGCCCAUGGCGGGUAUGCUGUUGCUAUAUCGCAGUUGAAAUUCAAAGUAACUCUUUAAGACUGUCUAAUCAGUAUAUACAUUUUGAUUAUACUAACUUUACUGACUGUUGCGUUUUGUUAAACAUGGAAAGUUAACUUAAUGUCAAACGUAAUGUGGUUCGGGAGCUUGUCGUCCGAAGGACGUUUGAAAUUCCAAACACGAUCAGGACCAAAUAACAUGCAUGGUGGCUUAAAGUUUGUAAACCAAAAAUAUAUCACAUGUACUAUGUCUAGUACAUAAUUCUU